UUUACUUGGACUUGGAUUGUUUAAUCACACGUUUAUUUAUUUUUCAUAUUUUUUCGUACAUUUAUUUAUUUUUCAUCUUGUGUCGUACGUUUAUUUAUUUGUCAUAUUUUGUCGUAGAGAUAUACGUUUCUAAAGCAGUCUGUUGAGAAGAUUUCAUAUUGGAGCCAUGCAAAGCCCAGGGUUGGAAUAUCUGAUGAUGCUUUUCGUUGUCUGCCGCAUAGAGGACGUGUCUUCAGAUCACGAGCACACGCACCCCGUGUUGAGGAACUUCCAGAGUUGGGUCAGCGACAAGUUUUCAUCGGAGUCGCUGGAGGACCCACAGGCAACAAAAAGCUUUCUAAAAAUCGUAUUUGCAAGACUGAACACGCUUCGCUCUGAGAUCCCGUGCGGCAGGCAUGGCGGUGGGGCCGAUGCUCGCUCUGACAAUUCAAAUCAUCUAGAUAGGGUUGAGCAAGCCAUUGUGGAACAAGUUUGCAAACACAGUAACUGUAAGUUUAAGGAUAUUCUACGGUCGCCAGAAUAUUUGAAGAUGUUUUGUAAACUGACGCUGACGAGCGCCUUAUUCCCGGAACACAUAUGCAAUGCAAACUGGACGUCUUCGGAUGAAUUCGAUGAUGUCAAUAUGUUGAUGACGUCGGUUCGAAGACACUAUCGUAGGGAUGUAGCCUUUUCGAAUGGGCAUGGAGGGGCUUCUUCGCUGAAUAUAGUUUUUGAAACGGAAGCAUAUGCCAAUCGAUUCUUAUGUUUACGCGACAGACAUGUAUCAGAGGCGAUGAAUUUGAACAGAGGAGCGCACGCGGACUUGGGUAACGCGGAGGUCUUUGUCGUCCAUAAAAUUUUAGAAGGAUUUAACUUUAUCAACAACAGUGACUUAUGUCCCAUGGAUUUUCUGCACGAUUCGUAUUCCACGCUGCAACGACGGAGCGGCUUACAUGACCAUAUUUCAGUAAUAGACAGAAUCCUACACAACGCCGCUACGCUGACUAAAGGAGACAGUCAAAAACGCAGUAACGCAUUAAGGCGGGCUAUGUUUUCUAUGCAAGAAUUUCUAUCAACAAAAUCGUUGCUCGCGAGGGACGAAAGCAUAUCCAAAUAUUACCCAUCAAUGAGAAUACUGCAAGCUAAGAAAGACAUCGAUGGCGAUCGCGAUCAUCCGUCAGCUCACGGUGGUACCCAUAGCAAUCAGUUCUUGCACGAUGAUGGUAGACCUGACAGAAACGAUGUUGGAAUUCGGGUAUGCAUGAACAGUGUGUAG